AGGUGUAAGCGACAUGGCCGACAGCGAAUUUGAAGAAUUUCGCCGAGUAUUCGACAGAUUACCUCAGCACAUAAAGGCCCCCACGCCAUUUUAUUCAUUAGUGCCAAAUGUGGGUCUGGAAGACGAAUCUCCCUCUUCAAAGAGUGAGGGUUCGCCAGAAGAAGAAAAGGCUUGUGUUGGAGAAACUGAAACGGCAACUCCUGUGGCCACGGAACCUGUUUCCUCGAUCCCUCAGCCAGAAACACAGCGUAGCCCCCGCCAUCAGACAUUUACCAACGGUGAAAGAAGGAGGAGAAAGUUACCUGAAAUCCCCAAAAAUAGAAAACCAAGUGUAAUACCAUGCACACAACCACCAUCACUAGCUGAUGAACUCGGCCCUCUCUCUGGGGUUUUGCUUCGGCCAGCUUGCCAGGGCAGACCGUUACUGGUUCUGAAAUGUGGGUACCUACUUGAUGAAGAUUCGAGUCCAGACUCGGAGCGGCUACAAAGCCUUGGAGAUGUGGACAGCGGACACAGUACUGCGCAUUCUCCAAUUGAUGCAGGUCCAAAGAGCAUAUCUCCUACACCGCUGCAGCAAAAUGUGUCACCAUCAUCCAGCUGCAGUAUCAGCGGAAUCAACUUCGUAGGCAACAUGACCACAGUGCCACACAGUCAACUUGAGAUGUUGGAAGCUACUCACAGAGGUCUACACAAGUUUAAUCCCAGGCAUCAUGAUGAGAUCGAAGUUGAGAUAGGCGAUCCUAUUUACGUACAGAAGGAAGCUGACGACUUAUGGUGUGAAGGCGUCAACUUGAGAACGGGGCAGCAAGGUAUCUUCCCAUCGGCCUAUGCAGUCGAUAUGGAAUACAAUGACUUUGAUCCGGCGAAUACCAAAGUAAAACGAGAACGAUAUUUAUUAGGGUAUAUGGGGUCAGUGGAGACAUUAGCACACAAAGGCACCGGCGUAGUCUGCCAGGCGGUCAAGAAGAUUGUAGGAGAAUCUCAAGGAGAACCAGGAACUCAACCUUGCAUCUUAGAAGUAUCGGACCAAGGCUUGCGGAUGGUCGAUCGGUCUAAACCAGGCAGAACUCGAACCGGGCCAUGUAUCGACUACUUCUACUCGUUAAAGAACGUCUCGUUCUGCGCUUUCCACCCACGCGAUCACCGGUACUUAGGUUUCAUCACAAAGCACCCCACUCUCCAGCGGUUCGCCUGUCACGUUUUCCGUGGCCAGGAAUCCACAAGACCUGUUGCUGAAGCAGUAGGGAGAGCAUUUCAAAGGUUUUAUCAAAAAUUCAUAGAAACAGCUUAUCCAAUAGAAGACAUCUACAUAGAAUAAAUAACUUGUCUAUCACCAAUGUUACUUAAACUGUUGCAAUUCUAACAACUUCAGUAUUUUCGCCUUAUAGGUACUCUGGAUAAUACGUAUAGCUAGAUAACGUCAAAAUUUAGUUCUAAUAUGUAGAGAUUUGUACAUACAAAUUAUCAGUAUUGUUACAUCAUUCUGUACAUCUAAAACUAAAAUGUAU